AUGUCCAACAACAACAAUAAUACUCUCUUCGAUGAAAUUAUUUGCAAUUCCAUUCUACUCUUCUUACCUCCGAAGGAUUGGCGAAUUAGCAAGCCUUUCCUCAUCUCGAGCAAAUUUUCUCUCGUUUGCUCAUCGGAAGAAUUCGCCAAGCAAUUUCUCAUCAAUUUAUUCAAACUCUCUUCGGAACAGGUAGAACAAUUAGAAAAGGCAUGUCUGAUGAUGUAUAAUAAUUCACGUUCGUUAUUAAAGCCUAGAAAAAAGAAGAGAAAAAUUCAUCACGAUGAUGAUGACGAUGAGGCUAAUGAAAAAUUGGGAAUGAAUAGAAUUGCAAAAUCAAUGAGGGAAGUGUUGUGGAUUUAUUUUGAAAUGUGUAGUGCAUAUGAUUCAGAGUCUAUCAAGUGGGAUGUUAUUGAGAGAUUGAAAGAGUUUCAUAAGGGAACGGUUCAUGUGUUGGAAACUGCUCAGGAGGAAUUGAUGACCUUACAAUUGGAAAGUUACUUAUUGAAAUCGUUUAAUUAUUUCACGAGUGAGGAGCCACAGAGAAUCAUGACUCGUUCUAAGGAUUUUAUCAUUUCAGAGAAGGUUUUAUUGAAGAUUUUUGGAAAUGUGAAGGAUUUGUUCUUGAUAGCAACUACUGCAAAUUCGACAGAGAUUAAUCUUUGUUUAUUUACUAGUUUUGGAUAUCCACUCUUCUUUAAGAGUGAAUAUUUUAGUAUGAGUCAUGGAUCUAUUAAGGAGAAAUUGGAUGUGUUUGGAAAACAUGUGUUCAUGCAUCAAUUGAGUCAUGGAGAUGCCACCGAUAAGUUCGAUAAGGAAAUGUUAGCAACUCUACAAGAAUUACUCUUCUCCAAAAAUGUUGAUGAAGUACUGGUGAAGGAAGGUAAAAUUCCAGAGAAGGAUCUUACAGAUGUCAAGCUCUCUUUGUUAUAUGAAUUUUUACAAUGUUGCUUCGGAAAGAAUGGUACCAUGUUCAGAAGAUUUAGUCUUGGAUGGGUACCGUUUGUUGGAAAAGUUAGAUUGGUGGUUCGUGAAGUGGGCUCGACAGAUUUUGGAUCUAGUAGUGAGGAAGAGGAUGAUGAGGAUGAUGAUGAGGAAUAUCAAGAAAAUGCUGAUACAUUUAGUGACAGCGAGGAAGAACCAAUUGAAUGA